CCCACAAUAGGGGCUUUCUCUCAACAACAUGUCCGCCCAGUUCGAGGAGCUCAUUCCGUUUCUGCGGGAAAAGAACCCGCAGGUGAGACAGCUCGCACUCUCCAAUCUGCUCGGACAGACACCACAAGGCUCACCUCAUCGCAACAUUUUCUUCAAUGGCCUGUCGGGAGGAGGUGGACUCAAAAAGCCCCAGGAGACAGAGGUCAUCAGGGAUCUCAAGCUGCUAUGCAGAGACCAACUCGCCGUCGCACACGAUGCCUUCCGUGCCCUCGUCAACCUCUCCGACUCGCCCCUGAUCGUUCCCCACCUCUCAGAGCCCUCCUUCCUCGCCUUCCUGGUGUCCUACAUACUGCACCCCGACGCCAUCUGCGCCGAUCUCGCAUCGAUGAUCCUCUCCAACCUCUCCGCCACGCCCGCCGUCUGCGCAGCCAUACUCACCCUAAAAGUCCUCGUUAUCCCUACCAACCCGGGCGCUUCGCCCUCGUUCUACCCUACCCAGUCGCGCUCGGGGACAUGUGCCGCGCCCGUGCCGUAUCCGACGCAGGAGCCGCAGGAGGUGCUCGCGCUGCCACUUCUGCUGGACGCGUUCGUGGAUGCCGUGCCGGUAGAAUUAUCCGGAAAGGAGACUCAGAGAAGGAGGAAAGCCGAGCUGCAUUUUCUGGCGAGCGUGUUCGCGAACAUCAGCACGGCACCCGCGGGCCGCCUCUUCUUCCUCACCCCGUGGCCUGCUGACGCCGUGCGCUCCACGGGCCCGGAAGAGUACCCGCUCGCCAAGAUCGUCGCGUUCACGGAGCACAAGGACACGAUUCGGCGGGGCGGCGUUGCUUCUACCAUCAAAAACUGCGCGUUCCACGGCCCAGCGCACCAGGCCAUUCUCUCGCCCGAGAGCGAGAAGGUCGCCGUGUCGCCGUCGACGCAGGCGGCACCCGGGAUAAAUGCGUUGCCGUAUAUUCUCCUUCCGCUUGCGGGGCCGGAGGAGCUCGAUCUCGAGGAACAAGACCGCCUCCCCUCGGAACUCCAAUUCCUCCCGCCCACAAAGACGCGCGAGCGCGACGAGGUCCUGCGCCUCACGCACGUCGAGACGCUGCUCCUGCUGUGCACGCACCGGUGGGGGCGCGAGUAUCUCCGCGCGCACGGUGUGUAUGAGAUCGUGCGGGGCGCGCAUUUCGAGGAGACAGUGGAUAGGGUGUCGGAGCAUAUUGAAAGGCUUGUGCUGCUGGUUAAGGGGGAUGAGGCGCCUGAGGAGGGUGAGGAGGGUGGGGCGGAGGUGGUGGUGGAGGUAGACGAGGAGGAUGAGGAUAGCAAGAUUGUGGAGGUGUGA